CAUCAAUCAGGGGUUUAUGUUGGUUCACGACCACUCCCAAUCAACGAUGAACCAACAUGGCGGCAUUUUAUACGGAAAGCAUCACAUGAAUACAAUGCAAUUGAAGUAUUCAUUAGAGUGUCUAAAAAUGUUGAGGAGGAAGAGGAUGGUAAUCCAUUCUUUCAGCAAACAAUGGAUCGGCCCUCUUCAUCCCAUUUUACUCAACAUGUUGAUAGCGAUCUAGAUGAUGCUGAGUACAUUGCACCCUCAACGGAAGAUGAAGAAUCUUCGGAAGAGGAAGAGGACAUAUCUUCAGAUGAAGGAGACGAUGGUCAGGACGUUCGUGCAGUGCCACAAUUACAGGACAUGCAUAGACGCGAAACACAUAGGUCCUUGAGGUCGACGUUCCACAUCCCAAUUAUUGAGGUUGGAAACAGUCCUGGGGACUUCUUUAUAAAUAUAAAAUUUAUUCCCAAUCUUUCUUCCGUCAAUCUCCUCCUCUAUGCCGUUUCUCUUUUCAUCAUCGUCAACUCUUUCCCUCAAUCGCAAGGCUCUCUGGCGGAAUUUUCAAGGGACAUCUCCUGCCGGUUCUCAAAGCUUCUCUUCUUCUACAAGAUUGGGUUUGAUCUUCUAAGGUUAUCGCCCUAUCCAUUUUUCUAAAAUUUUCAGUAUUUAAUUGUUAUUUCUUUCGCUAAUUUUCUAUCCGAGAUAUAAUUUGUAGAUUCUAUAUUGUAAUUUCAAAACUAUGGUUAAAUGCUAUGUUUUUUUGUUUGAGAGAGAUCCCGCGGCACCUUGUGGGCGAUCUGCGAGCUCUCUAGAGUUAGGGUUAGUGGAAACAAGGGAGCUUUCUUGUGCAAGAAGAGUAAAAUGGUUCUACGGAGUUUAUUCCGCCCAAGCUUCAUGACCCACUCCACACUCAAGUAUUUAACAUUACAAUCUUCUAGUAGUUAUAAAAUUCUUGUUUAUGACUAACAGUAACUUCAGCCGUUUCUUGACAAAAAACUAAAGAGAAAAAAAUCUAAAUUUUAUUAUUUGGUUAGUUAUAGACAUGGAAGAUAAGAUGGUUCUUGAGAAUGGGCAGUCAUCAUCUUGAGGGAAAUUAAUGAAAAAAAAUCUAAACUUUAUUUUAAAAAAAUAUAUUUCUUCUUGCUCUGGCAUUUUGGUGGUUAUUUUUUGUAAGCAGUCAAGAAGGAUCUUCUAAUGUUUGACAAUGGGUAUUCAUUAUUUGGGGGAUAUUUUAAAAAAAAUAGUGAAGUGUUAACUACCUUUCAUGCAAUUUCAUAUGUCUUCAAUGUUAUAUGACAAGAUUUACAUAGUGAGAUAUAUAGUGGAUAGUUUUGUUGAGACAAGAGAUUAUACCAUGCUAAGAAUUGACCCUUUUUUUUCAAGUUGUGACAUGGUUUUUGAAAUUUACACUCUAUUUGGUUAGUGGCCAAAGAGGAUGAUCAUCAUCUCCUGCUUUUGCUUUUCAAAAUUAAUUUUGUUUAAUUGGUUAAAGUAAAAAACUGUAUGGGUAAGCUAAAAGUUGAAGUAAAAAAACCAAUUGUUCAACUGAAUAAGCAGAAAAAAGUAGGAUUUUUAUUCUAAAUCCCUACCUUCUAAAAAGAAACAAAUUUAGGUUUUUUCUUCUUCCUCUUCUUCUUUGGUCAUUCUGUGAUCAUAAAAAAGAUUUCAAGAUUUUGGAUUUUUCAAUUGUGUGCAGCUUUAUAUAUGCAGAAGAUAAAUGUGAACCAACUCUUGAGAUAUUCUCAUCUUGGCCUGCUAGAUUACAUCUUAGCUGCCCAAUGAUGUAGAGAGGUGAAAGGUCAAUAUCAGGAGGAGAAGAUAGCAGUGACUCAGGGUGCUUUGGAAACAGAACAGAAGGCACAGAGUCGCCGCCUUUGAGGCCAACCUUUGAAAUCUGACUGCGAAGUGAUUUGGUGUCAUACUGUCAUACAUUUUAGGGGUGGUUUCCCUCACAUGGAAAAAAACCAAAAUAAAAUUCCUAAAACCCACCAUCUAAUUCCUCAGGCACACUUUCGCAUUCCAUAAGUGCGAAAUGUGCUUUUUUGCUCUCACAUGAUCAGCACAAGUGGGAGUAGUUUAUUUACUCCUUCCGUCUUUGAGUAUUUAUCUAUUUUU